AUGCCUCUUCCUCUCUCUUAUCCGGGCCUCAAAUGUGUUUUGGAAAAUUUGGAGGCUGUUAAGCGAGCACACGUCAUUGCCCGUGCACCAGGUCUUCAAAAAAUUAAUAAAUUGAUUCCACUUUGUCUGGAGAAUUUCUGUAUUGACUAUAACGAACUAUCUAUCAACACAUUAUCAAUUAUAUGCUAUACGGAAAAAGUGAAGUACCUAAUGAAUGGGAAAACUUUAAGCCGACAGAUAUCAGAGAGUGAAGAAGAGAAAAUGAAGAAAUUAAUCAAGUAUUAUAUCUGUGGAAGAUCAAUCAUUCAUGUGGACAGUUUGGAUUGGUGUGACAGUUUCCAACCAAAUGUCAAUGGUGUCAAUUUGAAAUUUAGAAUAGUCCCUGUUGAAGACCUCAAGAAACUUAACAACCAAACAGUGGUAUUCGAAGGUUACAACCCCUCCAGCAUCGAUAUAAUUUCAUUGAUUAAAUAUCACGUUGAAACUAAGCAAGAUAUUAGAACCACUUUUGUGAUUUUAUCGUAUACCAAAAAUUUGCUCGGUGAGAUGUUACGUGAGUUUGAAUCAGCGUUUGAUGAAUUCCAGUGCGAUUUGGAUGGCGUUAAUGAUAGAUUUAUUCCCGCAUUGCCUAAAUUCUCCAUCCCAAUCAACAACAAGUUUAAAAUCCAAGUGUACGCAAUCGAGGUUCCAGGAAAAUAUUGUCCCUAUAAAAUAAUUGUGAAACCAGUCUCUAGAUUGUAA